AUGCCUGCAACCAAGAAAAAAUAUAAGAAGAUAGAUCUAAGCAGCGAUUCGGCUUACGGCGAACGAACUGCGGAUUUCAAAGUGCAGCAAUACGACUAUAACGAUCUUCAAAGUGGAGUACUGGAAGCUGAGGCCCAACUAGAGUCUGAUCUCAAGUACCUAUUAGCAUCUCAAGAGGACGGAACCAUCUCGAGAAAAGAGCUCAAUGAAGCGAGGAAACUCAUCAAUUCUGAAGAGAAUCAAAAGCGUAUCAAGCGUAGGAAUCUCUUCACGAAGUUGGAGGAGAUCACUGGUGAUAUGAAUGAAAUCGUGCUUUCUAGUGACGACGAGCUGGAAGCUGUUAAUGAGAGGCCAGGCAGAAGCGAGAAGAAGGAGAGAAAGAAGGCUGAGCCUGCUAAGAACGACGUGAAAGCAAGUGAGCCAAAGCGAAAUGGGAAGAAACAAAAAUCGGUGACUCCAGAUCUCGAGAGUAACCACAAUGAGAAGAAUGAAACGGAAUCCAGUUCCUUGAGCAGGGAAAGCUCCGUACCAGCAGAGCCUGCUGCCCCUGACACGAAACCAAAGAAAAAGAGAAAUAGAAAGAAGAAAAGCCCAUCCGUUGAGCCUGAAGAUCAGGCCAAGAAUAGAGAGAAGCAAGGCCCCAAGAAGAUCUCACCUGCGCAGGUAUCUUCGACCAUUUUACCAGAGAAAGAACCCGUCAGUACCAUUAUCGGUCUAUCCCCGGAACAGAUUGUCAACAUGAAGCUCACGGAUGUGAAGUUCAAGAUCAUCUCGACCAAUCCUGGCAUCCUGAAGAUUUGUCGGAAUGUUCUUGAUUUCGUCAAAAGAGAGAGCGAGGGUCUUUUUAUUGACGAAAAGCUCCGGGAUAACUUUUUGGAACUCUGCGUUCAUGUGGCCAUGCGUGAAUCCAAUGGUUUCAACGACGUGAGCAAGAAAUAUCCAAAGCUCAUGGCUCGUCUCGCAACAAUGAGAGAGCUUACUCUAGAACACACUAGAACCACUAUAACCGAGUCAAACAGAAAGGCACACCAGAACAACUUCGACUACACUGUGUUCUCCUACAUUGGGCACAUCAUCAUUUGGGCAUCCUACCUCCAACAGAGAGCCAAGAAACCCGUUUUGCUAGAGAACUUUGGUUUCUCGAAGAAAGAUGUUCUAGCCUCUAUGGGCGGUUGUCACUUGUGGGACCGGAUCAGGCGGGAUCCUGGCACCAUCAAUAUGAAGCGAUGGAAGCAUAUCCAGAAGUUUCGUCAGAACUUUGCCUUUGAGGAGCACCAAUUCGUCGUGAUUCUUCGAUUCAUGCAUCUUGGCACUGGUCUUUGUUGA